AGAAAAUAGCCUGAUUCAUCCGCAUUCACUGCUCUCAUUCACGUUUCGGUCACUUUCGAAUGUCGGGCACAAAUUAUGAACUCUCGCUCUCUUACGUUUGACAUAGGCCUAUUUCCAAAUACCGUAUGUGAACCGUUUACAUAACCGUGCGGACGAGCAGUAAACUGUAACACUGUUGUAACAAUUGCAAACUACACAACAUUAGUUUACUUGAAAACGCGACAUUGUAAUUCUUCUCGACGCUCUCAACAUCCGGAGGAAGAUCUGAACAUUCGAUAGUUUCCGCGAAAGUAACUAAGUAACAACUUGUGCCGACCGGAGGGGUUAGCGGGUGAAAGGUGACAUCGCUUCAGUCUGUUGACUCGUAGAAUGCACAAUGCAGCGAGUGUCUCAGCCUCUCUGGGGUCUGUGGGACUGUUGCGUCUCUUUGGGGUGUCCUGGUCCUGGAGUCUGGUAGCAGGCCUUGGGGUUUAUCUGGGCACAAGAAGCUGGAAAUACUUUUACAUUGCAGCACGCACUGCCAAGAGAGAUCUGAAUGGCCUGUAUGUGCUGUUGAGAGUGAAGCUGGCUUUAUGGCGCUACAUGCGCAAUGGAAGUAACAUUCCUUCCAUAUUUGCCCAGACAGUAAAACUCCACCCAAAUAAACCAGCACUGAUCUAUGAGGCCACGGGGGAAACGUGGACCUUCACACAGCUGGAUGAGCUGACUAAUGCAGUGGCCCACUGGGCAAGAGGUCAGGGAUGGGUCUCGGGCGACGUGGUUGCCCUCUUCAUGGAAAGCAGGCCGUUGCAGGUGGCGCUUUGGCUGGGCUUGGCCAAGGUUGGGGUGGAAGCUGCACUCAUCAACUUCAACCUCCGCCAUGAUUCCCUCCUGCACUGUAUCGGGGUGUCAGGGUCCCAGGCUAUUGUGUUCGGAGCUGAGCUUGCUGAUGCCAUGUUGGAGGUCAGUUCCUCCUUCAGCCAGUCCAUGGUACGGCUCUGUACGGGAGACCUCAGUGCAGAACUUCUGGCCUGUUUGGGUGCUCAACCUCUGGACCCAAUUUUAGCCUCUGCACCUAGACAUCCCCCUUCACCUUGUGUUCCCCCCAAAGGCAUGAACGACCGUCUAUUUUAUAUUUACACCUCUGGCACCACAGGACUACCCAAGGCUGCCAUUGUGGUACACAGUCGUUACUACAGAAUUGCUGCUUUUGGGUAUUUUGCCUUUGUCAUGCGCCCUGAUGACAUCAUCUAUGACUGCCUGCCUCUCUAUCACUCAGCAGGUAAUAUCAUGGGAGUUGGUCAGUGUCUAAUCCAUGGCCUCACUGUGGUAGUGAAGAAGAAAUUUUCUGCCAGCCGCUUCUGGGAAGAUUGCAUUAAGUACAACUGCACUGUGGUGCAGUAUAUCGGGGAAAUCUGCCGCUACCUCCUGUCUCAGCCAGUACGGCCUUCAGAAAAAGGCCACAAAGUUCGUCUAGCAGUGGGAAACGGGUUGCGGCCCAGUGUGUGGGAGGCCUUCACAGAACGUUUUAGGGUGGCGCAGAUUGGCGAGUUCUACGGAGCGACUGAGUGCAACUGCAGCAUUGCCAACAUGGAUGGCAAGGUGGGAGCCUGUGGAUUCAACAGUCGCAUUCUCCCCAAUGUGUAUCCAAUCCGUCUGGUGAGGGUGGACGAGGACAGCAUGGAGCUGGUUCGCGACAGCCGGGGCCUCUGUGUGCCUUGCCGCCCUGGGGAGCCAGGGCUUCUGGUGGGUCGUAUCAACCAGCAGGACCCAUUAAGGCGUUUCGAUGGAUAUGCUAACCAGGACGCUACGAAGAAAAAGAUAGCUCACAAUGUCUUUAAGAAAAAUGAUUCUGCAUAUAUAUCAGGUGACGUACUGGUGAUGGAUGAACUGGGCUACAUGUACUUCCGUGACCGCGGCGGAGACACUUUUCGCUGGAGAGGAGAAAAUGUCUCAACCACAGAGGUGGAGGGCAUACUCAGCAGUCUUCUGGGUCAGACUGAUGUGGCUGUGUAUGGCGUGGCAGUGACAGGUGUGGAAGGAAAGGCAGGCAUGGCUGCCAUUGCAGACACUACAGGGAGUUUUGACUGCAACAGUUUCCUGAAGGAAGCCCAGCGCGCUCUUCCUCCGUAUGCUCGCCCUGUGUUCCUGCGAAUCUCCCCACAUGUUGACACCACAGGUACAUUUAAAAUCCAGAAAACCAGGCUGCAGAGAGAGGGAUUCGACCCACGUCUCACCGCUGACCAGAUCUACUUUUUGAACACUAGAGCUGCGCGUUAUGAGGCUGUAGAUGAGGAGCUAUACAAUGCUAUAGCGGAGGGAAGAAUGUCUCUAUGACAUCGAGGCCAUAGCAUGGCAGUCGUGGUGCCUCAGUUAAACAGAAGCUGUAAAGGAAGGAUAGCGUAUGCAUAUGCUGGUUUCGGAAUAAGUCAAUCUUGGUGCACCACCUGCCGAGAUUAUGACUGUUCACGGAACAGAGUUAAAAGGACUACUUACAUAGGCAGAGUAUUGUUUCAGAUGAUGUUUUAACACUGUAUGAGUAACAUACGAGUACAUAAUGUGAGGGCAUUUAAUACUUUUUAAUAACUUUUUUAAAAAAUGUAUUAAAUGAACACCUCAAAAGGAUGUUGAGCAUUACCGCACAUAGAGUGGGUAUCUCCCACAACCCAUUUGAAAUAGUAUACAUGUUACAGUAAUGUGAUUAGGACAGCAAGAGGGCUAUCAAGUCUAACUUUGUUACGGGGUGUAACCCCUUUAUGAAAUAUGCUGCCAGAAUUAGGUUUAAGCAAUACUUUAGGAUGAGGCUAUGGCGUUACUGCCGCGUGUUUGGAUAAGGCUUAAAGACCGGACUUCAACAUGCAGUGAAGGCACGUGGCUACUAGAUCAAACACUAACCAUAGAGUAUUUUUUUAUGCAAUUGAAAACUAAUCUCACUUGUCAUAUUUGAACCUCUGAACAACAGUGGCAUGGGUUUGCAAAUACACAAAUGUUACAGUAUGUGCCUUAUAUGAAGCUUCCAAUCUGUUUAAAUCAUUUGUUAUGCCUUUGCUUGGAAAUAAGCCAGAAGUGGUAGUGAUUUUGUGUCAUGCAAAGCUACGUCACACAUAGUGACUGUACAUUCACGUAACAAAUCUUAUCAGUAUAGUAAUAUAUAGGUGUUAAAGAUUGUGAAGCUAUUUACAAUUUCAGAUCCUCCAGAUUACAUGUUAUGUUGUAACUCAAAUAAAAUAUUUUAAAA